AUGUGCCUAUUGUUAGCCAUGUUCCUGAGCCUUCUGGAUCACUCGUCUUUGACGACAUGCCGGGUCAUAAGGAACAGGGCUGACGAAAGCAUUGAAGAAGGUCACGUGAAUCCUGGUGCUUACGCCAAGCAUAAUCGUCCCGUUGUCAUCGGUAAAUCGCGCAGUCUUCCAUGGUGGCCUUCAAACCUAUCACUAACAGCGCAAGCUUUACUACGAAAUUUCAACGUCCCUAAGAAGUUGAUUACUGCUCAAACGCCAAAGAUUUUCGUGCCGCACCAUAGACCAAACAAGCGCGCUUCGCAUCGUGCCGGGUCAGAGAAGGAGCAUUCGAACCCAACGAUCCCUACAACAGGUGUCCGGGCACCUCGCGGCGCACACGAGUACGACGUCCCGCAAAUCGAAUGUCCCAAUGCCGAAGACGGAAUGGAACGCUUCGCAUGCCCUAGCCCCGACUCACUCGGUCGCUAUCGAUGCAUAGACGACCAUGUUUUGUGCGACGGUUUCCUCGAUUGCCCAGACGGGUCCGACGAAGACAGGCACUCUUGCAUGUUCUACAAAACGACGAAAGCUCACUUGGAUGUUUUGGCAGACGCGUUGCUCCGAUGGGCUCGAGGCCGUUACAACAAAUAA